GCAGCGUCGCGGGGUGAGCCGGCGUCACGUCUCCAGCAGACCAGGCGUCACGUCUCCGGCAGACCAGCGCCCAGCCAUGAUCCACGGCACGGUGAGGGUGGCGAUACGGGUCGCCAGAGACGUGGGCAGGCGAGGCGUGGCCUCCUACCUCGUCGACGACCCCAAGUACUCCUUCCUCAAGGACCUGGGGCUGGACCGCAGCAACCCCGGGGCCUACAACGGCAAGUGGCUCGGCUCGGGGAAGGUGGUGACCGCGGUGGACCCGGCCACCGGCUGCCCGAUCGCAGACGUGGUGUCGGGCAACCUGAGCGACUACGAGUCGUGCGUGAAGGCAGCGCAGGAGGCGUGGCAGGUGUGGGCGGACCUGCCGGCUCCCGCACGGGGCAGCGUGGUGCGUGAGAUGGGGGACGCCAUCAGGGACAACAUACAGCCGCUGGGGAAGCUCAUUUCUCUGGAAGCCGGCAAGAUCUACCCGGAGGGGGUGGGCGAGGUCCAGGAGUACGUUGACGUGUGCGAGUACGCGGUGGGGCUGUCCCGCACCCUGGAGGGGAAGUACCUUCCGACUGAGCGGCCGGGGCACGCGCUCCUCGAAGUGUGGAACCCGCUGGGCGUCGUCGGCGUCAUCACCGCGUUCAACUUCCCCAUGGCCGUGUACGGCUGGAACAGCGCCAUCGCCUUGGUGUGUGGAGACGUGAUGCUGUGGAAGGGAGCUCCCACGACUCCCCUCAUUGCCGUGGCAACCACCAAGAUCCUGGCGCAAGUGCUGGAGAGGCACAGCCUCCCAGGGGCCAUAUGCGCUCUGUGCCAGGGCGGGACAGACAUCGGGGAGGCCAUGGCUCGGGACGAGAGACUGCCGCUCAUCUCCUUCACCGGGAGCUGCGCCGCCGGCCACAAGGUGGGCACCGUGGUCCAGGAGCGCUUCGGGAGGCACAUCUUGGAGCUGGGCGGCAACAACGCCAUCAUAGUGGCGGAGGACGCGGAUCUGGACCUCGCCGUGCAGUCGGCCGUGUUCGCCAACGUCGCCACCGCGGGCCAGCGCUGCACCGGCCUCCGGAGGCUCAUCCUGCACACCAAGGUGUACGACGAGGUGCUGCGCCGGCUGAAGCUGGCGUACGGCCAGAUGGUGUCCCGCGUCGGGCACCCGCUGGAGGAGGGCACCCUGCUGGCGCCCCUGCACUCCGCCGCCGCGGUCCAGGCGUACAGGACCGCCGUGGAGCAGGCGGUGCAGGAGGGGGGCAGAAUCGAGUUCGGCGGGAAGGUGAUGGACAGGAAGGGCAACUACGUUGAGCCGACGAUAAUCACGGGUCUGUCUCCGUACUCCAGCCUCGUGCAGAGAGAGACCUUCGCGCCCAUCGUGUACCUCCUGAAGGUCGACAGUGUGGAGGAGGGUAUCAGAGUGAACAACAGCGUGAAGCAGGGUCUGUCCUCCAGCCUGUUCACGCGCGACCUCGGCAAAAUCUUCAAGUGGAUUGGACCCAAAGGAUCGGACUGCGGAGUGGUCAACAUCAACAUCCCCACCAACGGCGCUGAAAUCGGCGGAGCGUUUGGUGGGGAGAAGCACACAGGGGGGGGUCGCGAGUCCGGCUCCGACUCGUGGAAGCAGUACAUGCGGCGGGCAACAGUCACCCUCAACUACGGCAAAACCCUGCCUUUGGCACAGGGUCUCAAAUUUGAAUGAGCCUUGAAUCAUCACCCAUUUCAAUUCCAUACCUGAUGGUGGUCACAUUCACCCUUGCCUACAAAUUUUUUUACUAACUUAACUUUGCAUAAGUCAGUGUCAAAUUAUGUAACACAAGAAACUAUUUUUUUUACGUAACAGUGAAAUAUAUACAUUUUAUUAAGAAAUCAGCUAUGUGUAGUGUGUACCUUCAAUGCUCCUCUUAUGACCAAUGGUAAAGGCAAAUUACAACAGUAAAACAAGUUCUUUUGAAUUUUAACAUCUUGCCGUAUUGGUAUAACAAACACAUAAAAUUUAUAUUGAAUUAAUAGUACAUACUUAAUUCCUAAAAUAUUUUAGCUAAGCACUAAUAAAAAUAAUAAAUAAUAUAUCAUCAAAAAAUUUUAUGCAUUAGGUAUGAUUCUUACCCCAAAGUGAGCAAAAGAAAAGCAGAAUUUUUUUUACUUUGCUUUGAAAUAUUUCUAUAUAAAAUGCUACCAAAUAUUUUUUUUAGAUUGCAUGUCGAUAAUAUUGUUCUAUGUUCAUGACCAGUAAAAAAUGACCUCACGUCUUAUAUGAGGACGAUCAUUUAUUUUCCCAUUUUCAUUACUGAAAAUCUGACCUCUACUUAUAUGCUGUGUCAUCUUAAUACAUCAGUACAUUCUGCAAUAUCUUGGGUGGGUAUAUAAUAAACCAUAACAGAAAAUAAGAAAUGUUGAAAAAACCAAACUAAAUUAAUGCAUAUUUAUCUGAAAAAGGUUUUGAUGGACAUACAAUCAGCAUUCAAAUACUGUAUGUUUCAAGUUGUGUUUGAUAAAAUCAAAUUUUUUAGCUGUAUUUUUUAAUGCUUAUUGCAUUCGUUUCAAAGUCACAACACACACUUUUCUUGAAAUGGUACUUACUUUCCGGAAACGCCUCGUAGCAAUCUAAUCGAUUCAUUGUCUUUUUUUUUUAGAUAAUUGUAUAGUGUUUGUUGCAAAGUGUUAACAGCAUUGACAGAAGCAACCAAAGCCUUGAAGCCUGGUUUAACAACAUUGCUGUGAAAUAUGGCUCUUGCCUCUGAUAUAAAGGAAAGUGUGCCUUCAGUCCAAACAGAAAUGCCCUACAAAAUGUGACACCAGACCCAACUUCACAAGCAUGAGUUUCAGAGUAGUAAUUCAAAAAGUUCUGAAUUGAAAACUAAACUGGACUAACCAUUAAAGCUGUAGGUGUUCUUUCUACAGAAAGUUCUACUGUGACUUCAUUCAGUGAUUUAAGAAUUUUUACGUAACAUUGGUAAGAACUGGUUUGUUUUUAAGUAGCCUGUCAAGCUUGUACUAUCUUAUAUUAAUCCAAAACUGUAUUGUCCCAUUUCUUUGUGAAUUUUGUGAAAUGUGCAAGACCGAUCGCUAAUGGCAUGUGGCUCUGGAAAAUUAACACUGCCAAUACAGUACUUUAGAAGAGUGAAGUUUUUGACAAAAUAACACGUUAAUGCCAAGAAAGCAUCUUCACUGAGUGAUGUCCGUAAGUUACAAGUAAAUGACAUAGACUCAACUUAAGCAAUUGCUUGAGAAAGUUCCUCAGAGAUUCUCGUUUGUACAGAAGUACAUAUACAGGUUUGGAAUUUCAUUUCUGGAGAAUGUAGUUCAGGAUGGUACUGUGUACAAUGGUUAAGCUGACUGCAUGAGUUUCUGGAAAUGUUGAUUUUCUACUACACUGUACGGCAGCAUUGAAUCAGCUAACCAUUCAGCAAUUUUCUUGUCAUUAGAUUUUCCUUUGGAUGGUAAGAAGAGAAGACCAGUGGUAGGUGUCUUCAAUACAUUUUUGUUUUGAAGGGCCUUGUAGUGAAGCAUCACUCGUAAUAGUUCUUGCUGCAUAUUAUAUUCUAACUUAACAGUUGCAUGUUGUUUCAAAUGUCUUGUGAGACCUGACCUGCUACCAGAGUUUAAGUUUUUUUUUUGCACAUCUUGCACUUGGCACUUAGUUUUAUCAUUGCUUUGUGCCAAGUAGUUCCUGAUAUGUGUCUUUUCAUCAGCCAUGUUAUACAUAUACUAAAGAAACAAUAUCAUAGAACAUGACCUAAAUAUUAAAUAUUGCCAAAUUUUGGUGAAUAUUAAUACUUUUACUUGCACAUGUAAAAAUCCCCAAUUUUAUGGACAUCAAAUUACCCUCGGAAAUACAAACUAUUAAAUUUAAUUAUAUCUUGUCUGCCAAAAUG